GACAAAUCGGCUCGUAACACCACAGACCAAAUGAUGACUGGACAGGGAAAUCUCACGGUGAUCGGGCAUUUGCCAUCCAAGCACCAUCACAUUUGCCUCCCUUCACAUCUCACUGCCUCGCUGAUCCUGGUGGAUCCAGGUCCCCUCAGAGUCCGGGUCUGGUCAGGUCUGAAAAUUCAGUUCUGGUCUGGUUCUGGUCCGGGCCCACCAUGGUGGACAACAUGGACUAUGAGAAGCAGGAGAAGCGUUACUGCAUCCGAGGCAGACAUGUGGUCUUCAUCUGUGUGACGGUGGUGGUUUGCUCCCUGGCGGUGGGUCUGGGGGUGGGCCUCAGCACCUCCGCUACACCGGCCCCCACGCCACAGCCCACCAAGCCCCCUUCACCUGACCAAGGGCCCUGCUUGCCGUCCGAAGACUCCAGCGGGGACUGGAGGAACUUCCGUCUGCCAGACUACGUGAAGCCGGUUCACUACGACCUACACCUGGAGCCUGACCUGGUGGAGGACACCUACAUGGGCACUGUGAACAUCCAGGUGGAGGUCAGUAAACCCACCCGUCAUCUCUGGCUGCACAUCAGGGAGACGUAUGUCAGCGCCAUGCCCCGGCUGAAGAUGCUGGACAGCCAGGGGGGGCAGAAGGAGGUGGCAGUGAAAAGCUGCUUCGAAUACAAGGUGGAGCAGUACGUGGUGGUGGAGGCCACAGAGGAGCUGCCUGCCACCAGCCAGGGACAGCUCUACCGACUCAGUCUGGACUUCCAGGGCUGGCUGAACGGCUCUGUGGUGGGAUUCUACCGGGUCAUCUAUACGGAGGAGGGCAUCACCAAGAAGAUCGCUGCGACGGAUCAUGAGCCAACAGAUGCCCGGAAAUCUUUCCCCUGCUUUGAUGAGCCCAAUAAGAAAGCCACCUACAAGAUCUCCAUCACUCAUGAUGCCAGUUACGGAGCUCUGUCCAACAUGCCACCAGAGGGUUCCCCUGAGGACCUGCCGGGAAACAGACGGAAAACCUCCUUCCAGAAGUCGGUUCCAAUGAGCACCUACUUGGUUUGUUUUGCAGUGCACCAGUUUGGCUUUGUGGAAAAAACUUCUUCCAGUGGAAUUCCAUUGAGAAUCUAUGCCCAGCCGAGUCAGCUGAAAACUGCAGAAUAUGCAGCAAACACUACCAAGAUCAUCUUUGACUACUUCGAGGAGUACUUCAACAUGUCGUACUCCAUCUCUAAACUGGAUAAGAUAGCUAUCCCUGACUUUGGUACCGGUGCCAUGGAGAACUGGGGUCUCAUCACCUACAGAGAGACCAACCUGCUGUAUGACGAGAACCAGUCCUCCUCCUACAACAAGCAGCGAGUGGCCAGCGUCAUCGCCCACGAGCUGGUCCAUCAGUGGUUUGGGAACAUUGUCACCAUGGACUGGUGGGACGAUCUCUGGCUCAACGAGGGCUUUGCCAGUUUCUUUGAGUACAUCGGCGUGGAGAAGGCCGAACCUUCCUGGACCAUGCGAGACAUCAUGAUCAUCCAAGACGUGCUUCCCGUCAUGGUUAAUGACGCCCUCCUUUCCUCCCAUCCAAUCAUCGUGGACGUGUCGAGCCCAGCAGAAAUCACCUCGGUGUUUGACGCCAUCUCGUACAGCAAGGGAGCAUCGGUUCUCAGGAUGCUGGAGGACUGGAUGGGUAGAGCCACGUUCAGAGACGGCUGCCGGAAAUAUCUGAAGGACUUCUACUUCAAGAACGCCAAGACCGCCAACUUCUGGGCCUCACUUGCUGAUGUAAGUGGGCUGCCCGUUGCAGAUGUAAUGGACACAUGGACCAAACAGAUGGGUUAUCCUGUUAUAGAUCUGUCUGUCUCUGCAACAGAUGCCAAAAUUAGGCAAGCCCGUUUCCUCCUGGAUCCCACUGCCAAUGCCACCCAGCCUCCUUCACCCUUCGAGUACAAGUGGACAAUUCCAAUCAAAUGGCAUUCUAUCCAAAGUGACAAAACUAUCCUGACCAUGUUCACAAGGAACAGUUCAGAGCAUAUCAUCAGAGACUACUCGCCUCCAACCGACGGGCUGCUGAAGAUCAACAACCAUCAUGUCGGAUUCUACAGAGUCAAUCAUGACGACAGGAUGUGGACUAUCAUCGGCCAGCAGCUUCAGACCAACCACUUGGAGUUUGAUGCAGCCGACCGAACGAGCUACAUUGAUGAUGUUUUUGCUCUGGCGAGGGCGGAGAUCGUGGAUUAUGGCAACGCCUUCAAUCUCACCAUGUACCUAAAGAAUGAGUCGGACUACAUCGUGUGGGACCGCGUGGCGUCCUCGAUCGCCUACGUUCGGGACAUGCUGUCCAGCAACGAUGGCCUCUACAGGAAGUUUCAGAAACUGUUUCGUGACCACGUUCAGAUGAUCUGGUCCGACCUGGGAUGGACGGAUACAGGAACGCAGACAGAAAGGCUGCUAAGGGAGACAGUGCUCGGCAUCGCCUGUCAGAUGGAUGAUCCACUGGCUCUAAAUGAAGCUUCUCGUCUUUUUGACCAGUGGAUUGAUGGAAGUCUCAGCAACGUGGCAGUGAACCUGAGGCUGCUGGUCUAUCGCUAUGGUAUGAAGACCUCUGGGACAGUGGACAAGUGGGAGAAGAUGUUCCAGAGAUACAAAGAGACAACGCUGGCUCAGGAGAAGGACAAGCUGCUGUACGGCCUGGCAUCUGUCAGCAAUGUGCAGCUUCUCAACAGCCUUCUGGAGGCGACCAAAGAUGAAACCGUGGUGAGGAGUCAGGAUUUGUUCACCGUGGUGAGAUACGUGUCGUACAACCCGCUGGGCCAGAGCAUGGCCUGGGACUGGACCACUCUAAACUGGGACUACCUGGUCAACAGAUAUAGCAUUAACGACAGGAACCUCGGCCGCCUGCUGAAUCAAAUUAGCACCACCUACAACACAGAACUCCACCUGUGGAAGAUGGAGAACUUCUUCAAACUGAGACCAGAAGCGGGAGCUGGGGAGAUGCCGAGGCAGCAGGCUCUGGAGACGGUGAAGACCAACAUCCAGUGGAUCAGGAGGAACCAGAACGAGAUCCGGACCUGGCUGGAGAGCAACGUCUCUGAAGACAACCUAAAACUCUGAAAGGUGUCAGAUGAAGUAAACCUGUAGCGAACCAGAGAACCAGAGCUGAGCCGGUCCACAGCGGCACCCAGACAGCAUGAAGAUAACAACACCACAGGCUAAUGUUAUUCUCCUCUUUUCUAUUAAUAAACAUUUUGUUGUAAAACAGGAGUAAUUAUAAAGAAAAUUAUCUGCAAACUUAUUUAGUUUUUCUAGAGUGACACCUGUCAAUAUUUAUGAUGAAAUUUAAGUAAAAAUCUUCUUAAAUGUGAGUGAAAUAAAGAACAUGUGGCUUCCA